UGAUUGGCUGUUCACAGGCACGUGCUGCGUCACAGCCAGCGGCGCGUUCAUCAAUGAUGGCGGCGGAUCCAGCGCGAGCGUGGAGCGACGAGCAGCUGAAGAGUGAAGAACUGCCCAAAAGAGAUCUGAUCACAUUCAUCCAGGAGAACGCAGCGCACUCGUUUCUAUCUGAACACAAACUUCUUGGAAAUAUUAAGAAUGUGGCAAAAACAGCCAAGAAAGAGCAGCUCAUUGAGGCGUAUAACCAGCUGUUUGAGAGCAAGAGGUUUAAGGGCACAGACGUGGAUGCUGUGACUGAACAGGUUCAAGCUGCUAAAAUCAACGACGCUCCCAAAGAAACCAAGAUGGAGCCGGUGGACGAGGGGCCUCCGAAGUUCACUAAGACCAUCCUGAAGAAAGGAGACAAGGCCAACUUCCCCAGGAAGGGAGACACUGUGAGCUGCUGGUACACUGGGACGCUGGAGGACGGGACUGUGUUCGACAGCAACAUCCCUGCGACUGCAAAAAAGAAGAAGCAGAGCAAACCGCUGAGCUUCAAGGUCGGGAUGGGCCGAGUGAUCCGAGGGUGGGAUGAAGGGCUGCUGAGGAUGAGUAAAGGCGAGACGGCGCGGCUGGAGAUCGAGGCUGAAUGGGCGUAUGGGAGGAAAGGUCUUCCCGACUCCAAAAUCCCGCCGAACGCCAAGCUGAUCUUUGAGGUGGAGCUCGUCUCCAUCGAUUGAUUGAUGAAGCAUCACGAGUGUGUUGAAGAGAUGGAGACGUUGUUCUUCAGUCUGAUGGGAAAACUUUUCUGACUGGUUUUGCAUGAUUGUCAAGUUCCAAUAAAAAACAAACCCUGA